ACCUGGUUCCUCCGAUGUCCUCGGAACUUCACUGCUCAUCAGCCCACGCAACGCAUCGCAACAACUCAACCACUCUUAAGCGCUUCAAUUCACAACAAGACACAAUGGCAGGCUUCGUCAACCGCGAGAAUCGCGUCCCUUACUACCAGCGCCUAUUCCAGGAGGGCCAAAAGAAUGGUGUCCGCCAAUGGAACCAGACCGCAAGAAGCAAGAUCCUUCUCUACCCAUACUACACCAUCCUCUUCGGUGGCUUGGCUGGGUCGAUGUACAUGAUGAGCCGCAUGGUUCUCGGACACAAGACGUGGUUCGGCAAGAACUAGGAGAUGAUAGGCCAAUGGGUAAACGGGGAUUGGACAUACCACUGAUGGCGGCAUCUGGACGAUUAUUGUACUGUACAUGAAGAUAGAAGACAUUGAACA